AUGGUGUUCUUCUGUGCCUCAUGCGGCCAUUUUUGUGUGAUCGCCUGCAUAAGCGCCCAGGCGUAUCUUUUAACACCGUUCUCAUUCCUGUCACGAAACCGCAUUGAUGCUUGCGUAGUCCUAGUCAACUCCAUCAAGCCAAAUCUAAAUCGCCCUCGCCAAGCACCGUCAGACUACACCAUCAUCUACUCCAAAACUUUUACUGUUUAUCGUCAUUUGUGUGACCACACUCAAACCUAUACUCAAACUUUCGGAAAAUUUUUAAUGGGAGCUUUAGGUCUGGCACGAUCUAGUCAACUGGGACCACGCGGGCGUUCUCACAACUGGCAGAAGGAAUUGGGCCUCCGAAAAUCGAACGAGUUGUGCCUCGCGGAGCAAAAGGCAGACUUGGACGCAAGGUACAAGACCGCAAACUAUGGGCGCAAACAUCGGGAUCGAUCCUAUAUCCAUUCUGCCACCUAUUCAGAGAUGAUCCUUAGCCUGUGGGUUCCACAUCGUAGGCAUACUUGGGUGUCAAGUUAUGACAAGGUCAGACGGUUGCACUCCUGCGCGGCCAAAGGACCGACAUGCCAUCUAUUCUCGAUCAAAGCAUUACUUGUUCGCAAUUUAGGUGGACGUGUCUACAGCGUCCUGUCAACACUGGAUAUCGAGCUUAUUCUUUCUUUUGCUCUUCAUGUAUCCACCAUAGAAGGAGUAAGUGGGGGUAUUCGUUCCGAUUAUCUUGGAACAGGCUACAACUUUUAUAAUAUCCUCUUUCUCCAAGACAUGGGAGGUGAUCGAUAUCAACGUGUAGGUGUGGGGACAGUCUUUGAUAAGGACAUUUUCGUACGACCUGCAUUCUACGGGAUUUAUCUAUGCGAAUUUCUAGAGCUAAAUGUUUCUCUACUUUACGAUAUUUCGCUGGACCAUAAGCGAGUGUCGGACGACUACUGGAUUGAACGACAAUUAGUAAUGCUACCGGAACGGAGAUAA